AGCGAGUCGAUUCUUUUCUUUAACACGAUUGUAUGUGAUUGCUGGGUUAUUUGAUGUAUUACUAUUAAUCCUAACUACCAACUCAAAAUAGUGUAAUAUGUACAUGUACACAUAGAGUUAGACCAAGACAACCUGAGCUCGACUUUUUGAGAAUCGAUUCCCGUGAACCACGCGGAUGAGUCGGUCAGAAUUAAGCGACUCAUUCGGCAAUGAUUAGAGGGCUUGAGGGAAGCCUUGCACCGGGGAUUUAACGGAUAACGACGAAAUGAGAAAGAAGGUACAAUUCACAUGUGAUGAUAUUUUGGGGAACUUAUUAACCACUGGAAAGAGGAACAUGGCCAGUUAAAAGUUGCAACCGAAGCUGUAGGAGAAAGACUGCUUGAUUUUACUGAAAUUUCGUCAAAGUUCAGCGGUGAUGACAACAAAUGAGUGAAAAGCUCACGGCAGGUUAUAAAGUAUUUCUGAAGACAGCAGUAGUGUUGCAUGAUGCUGCGAUGUGAUGGGGAAUCGAAAGCAAGGGUUCGAUACAAACUGACCCUUGUUACAGGACUGCUGGAGUGCCUGUGCUUUGCUGGGGUUGUGUUUGGAUGGGCUUCUCUUGUAUUCGUUCUGAAGAAAGACGGAUACUUUAGUGAUCUGUGUGUCAAUGUGACUGGAGCAAAUGGCACUAAAGAUAAAGAUUGCAGUGCUCAGGAUGAGCAGUUGUCUCUUAUCUUUACUGUUGCUUCUUUCAUGAACAACAUUCUUACUUUCCCCAACGGCUUCCUUUUUGAUCUGUAUGGAACACUGACUACACGGCUUCUGGGAAUCUGUUUCUAUACAACAGGGACGUUGCUGGUGGCAUUUUCAAGUAAAGCUCUCUCUCUCUUGCUCUUCCCAGCCCUUUCGUUCAUUUCUGUGGGGGGCAUUUUGCUACUUCUCACAAACAUUCAGGUGGGAAACCUUUUUGGCACUCAUCGCUCAACUAUCAUUACUCUUUAUAAUGGUGCGUUUGACUCCUCAUCUGCAAUUUUCCUCAUCAUCAAAGUCCUGUAUGAGAAAGGGAUUUCUCUUCAGACCUCUUUCCUCUUCCUGUCUGCCUGUGAUAUCAUUCAUCUACUGCGAACUCUCUUCCUUUUACCCAGAUCACACAUCCCUCAUCCAAUCCCAGAGAGCUACUCUUAUGGGUUAAGCUGUCAUAAAUCAAAGAGCUACAACAUAGAAGAAUUCGAGACCAAGCAAGAGCUGCAGUGUGCACCAGACAGAGCAGGACAAGAGGUACGCCGGGACAGUGAACCACUAAGGACAGAUGACUCGCCUCAGACAGAGGACAUCUUAAGCAAAGAUGGCAGCUUUAAGAGCUAUGCUCUCUCCUGGUUCUUUCUGUGGCAUCUGAUAUGGCUUUCAGUCAUGCAGCUGCGUCAUUAUCUUUUCAUUGGAACACUGAACCCAAUGCUAAACCGUCUGGCAAACCAAGACCCUGACACUGUGAGCCGGUACACCAAUGCAUUUGCCUUCACUCAGCUGACUGGGAUUCUUUGUGCUCCUUGGAACGGCUUGUUAAUGGACAGAUAUAAGGGGAAAGCAUUAAAGCCAGGAGAAACAGAAAGAGAAGUCGACUUGCGCUCGUCUGUCCUGUCCCUUUUCCUCACCUCUCUGCAGUGCCUUGUCUUCUCAGUGUGCACAAUCAUUCCUGUUCUUCCGCUGCAGUACGCCACCUUUAUCCUGCAGGUCCUCAAUCGAUCCUUCUUGUAUGGUGGGAAUGCUGCUUUUAUUAGCAUUGCGUUUCCUGCCCAACACUUUGGAAAGCUCUAUGGACUUGUGAUGUCCCUCUCAGCUGUCGUUGCAUUGCUGCAGUAUCCUUGCCUAACCUUGGUUAAAUCCUUCGAUGGGGAUCCCUUCUAUGUGAACAUUGUUCUGACAAUUCUGACACUCCUGGCUUUUGUCCAUCCUCUAAAUGUCUUCCUGCACUGCAGAAGGUUGGGCACACAAAGAGAAAACACACAGCGCAUGCUGCAUGCUGAUUCUUCAAGAAAGGAAUCUACAAUAUAGUACCAGAGAGUUCUCAUAAUAAAAAAUGGCUAUUUGUACAAAAGACCAUUGAAGGAUUUUUCUCUAUUUAGAACUCACUGCAGUUUACAUUAAGCUGAAUCAUGAUUUUAUUUUUUUUAAUUUUUUUAUUCCUGUAUGAAAUUAAUACUUUGUAUUAAACCAUCACAGUAUAGCAUUUAUUGAGCAUGUUUACUUACACAGAACAAAAAAUAUAUUUUUGACAUGACUUGAUUAUUGACAUGAAGGAAUAACAAAUAAACGCAAAUGCACAUGUAUUACUAAGCAUCUCUAGUAGCAACUACUAAUUCGCCAAUAGAAAUGCAUUGAAUUUGCAUUCAAAUAUAUUCACAAUCAUAUACAUAUGGGUAUAGGCACUGACUGCUGAUAUUCCUAUACAAACCUUCUAUAUUGCAUUGACAAUGUAAACGAUGAAAGAGAAGAGAAAUGGUAUUUCAAUUCCUCUGUAUGGCUGCAAAAAUGGUGGCAUUGACAAAUAAAAUACCUUAAACUUUGAAAA